AUGUCAGCUUAUCCUGUACUCAAAUCAUCUUCAAUGAUACUCUUAAUCACGACAAGCAUCGUUCUUCAGCUUUUCGGUGUAACCUUGGCAUUAAACUAUCGUCCCGCACCAUUAGAUUAUUCAUCACCCAAGAAAACAGCUCAAGCACUUACUUCGCGAGCUGAUGAUGUUUCAUACGCUUUGAUUAGUUAUUCAUACAAUUUUGCACUCAAUCCAAACAGAGGAUGGCACGGUAGUGUGGGACAUAGAUUGGAGCAAACAGCUCAGCAUUAUGAUAAGAAAGCAGCUCAAGUGGGUAAAUUGGCAAAACAGUUGGAGACGAAUACCGUUGCGGGUAAAGCACCUUCACCGCGAGCUCGUACUAGAAGCCAAACCAGAAAAAUGGCAGCACCAUAUAAUCAAAAGCAGUAUUGGCAAUCUUUCAACGGCCUACAAAAGCUGAAACCACGCAAAAUGGUGAUGAUCAAAACAAUCUUGCUCUCAGGGCUUAUCAUCAAAGCUUGCUGGGCCGCUGCGUUGAAAGAACAAUCACAAAACACAAUUCAUAUACCUUCAGCAGAUCAAAGUCAUCCCUUGCUAAAUGAUUGGUUCGGUUACUCUAUCGAACCAACUGCGAUGGGACCUUAUGUUGAGAGCAAGAUAGCAUUCAACAUUCUUGAAUCAAUCGAAAAGAUUAUCGGACAAUCUGCUCCUAUUCGUGUUGGUGGAACAACUGCAGACGAGUUCAGAUUCGCAAAAAGCGUGAAUAAUACAAGCGACUUACAGACCUUACCUGCAAGUGCAGAAUCUAUGAACAAUCCCGUUCAAUUGAUCACACCAGAAUGGUAUAACACAUGGAAAGAUUACUUUCCUCAGAGCACAUAUUUCAUUUAUACUCUCAAUUUCGCCAAUACAACGAAUAAUUGGGAAAUAGCAAAAAACGAAACAGACUUGGUCCUGGAAGCCCUCAAGAGCAAGCUGCACAGGUUUGAAUUGGGAAACGAGAUCGAUCACUAUAUCACAGAAGGUUGGCGUAAACAAGGCUGGGAUGUUGCACGAUAUGUUCCGCAAUAUCGCAAUCUCACAGCAGACUUGGAAGGCAGGAAAUCCUUCAAGCAAGCAAAUCCAAUGCCUUUGUUCCAAGCUGGCGUGAUUGCUGAUCCUCCUCUCGUGCCUGAUCAACAGGACGAAGUUGAUGAUUUUAGUAUUUAUAACCUGACGACCAAAGGACAUUUGACGAAUAGUAAUCAUUCAAUCUCAUCGUACGCCGUUCAUUUAUAUCCUCAAUCAAAUUGCGAUCCUGAACAAGCUGCUCAACGUGCAGGUGCACCAUUGGUGUUCGGAGAAACAAAUAGUGUUUCUUGUAGCGGAAAGAGUGGAAUAAGUGAUACGUUUGGAGCAACUCUUUGGACGUAUGAUUAUGCCAUGAUGUCUGCAAGUCUAAAUAUUCCACAAAUCUUCUUCCAUCUUGGUGAUCAAUCUGAAUACUCAGCUUUUACACCUUUACCGUAUGAGUACAAAGGUGAACAAUUACAAGCAGGUAUUCGUGCAAAUCUGUAUGGUCACUUGUUUGCUGCAUACACUCUACAAGGCUUGAAUGGUCAUGGAACCGUAAAAGCACUUACAGAUGCCAAUUCGUCUGAUUUGAGCGGAUAUGCAAUUUAUGACGGUAACAAAUCCCUGAAAAAGGUUGCUUUAUUGGACAUGGGCGUAUGGAAUAGUACUGAAGGAACUGCAAAUCCUUCAACACUCUCAAGUGCUGAUUCUCAUAGUUCAAGUCCAGGCAAUCGACCAAGUAAACAAUUCAACAUCCAAACAUCAUGGAAGCAAAACUCAAUUGUGAACCUCCUUCGCUUGCAGGCUCCAGGCACAAACGCCAAGAGCUUAGUCAAUGUUUCUGGUCAAACGUUUGACACAAAAACAGGUACACUGGGAGCAGCACCAAAAGCAGAAAAAAUCAAAGUGAACAGAGAUGGAACAGUGUCAGUCACCCUCAAACAAGCAGAAGCUGUGCUAUUGUCGGUUUGA